CGAAGAAAGAGUGAAAGGUGCAAAAGUCAACGAUAGCGACAGAUCUUCUUGAAUACCCACACAAUCUUUGUUGUUUCUAAUCCUUCAAUUCGUUGAUCUAGACUUUUUUGGAGAUUGUUAUUGAUCUUGGUUUUGCGCCUGUGUGUUAUAGUCGAUCGUUGUCAUUGCUAUUCUCAUAAAUAGCCCAAGUCUCAUCGCAUCGUUCCUCGAACAAUCAUCAAAUCAUCAUCAUCAUGCCUACCUCGAGCCGAAGUUUCCCGACCGCCGUCAUCCUUAGUGCCACCUCAUUCUGUCUGGGUGCCAUCUUCGUCAACUGGACGUACGACCACAAAACGCUAUGGACCCACAACCCCUCUGAUGAAUCAAUUACGCUCUCAAGACAGCACUACGCCCAGAUCGCCACCGAGCCCGCCGUCAUUCGAAAUGCUUUCCACAUCGUAAUCGGUCUCUGUCUCGCCGGCUUCGUCGCCAAACUUUACAAGCCCUCGGAGGCAAACAAGCUCUUUGAUGGCGGAUCACUCGUGCUCUUCAUGGCCGGCAUCAUCAUCUACCUCACAAACGUGCGCACUGGACUCGGCAGCGUGCUCAGCGGGGACUGGGGUGAUGUUGACGAACUUACCGGUAUCAAUGUCAUUGCUGCCAGUCAGGUUAUCAUUGCUUUCACUUUGUUGGGCGUUUUGGGGUUGCAGUUCGGUCAGUACUGGGCUGAGAUCCAGGACGAGGAAGAGAAUGCUAGGUUUGAGCAGGAAAGAAGGGAGCUGAAGGAACGGAGAAAGCAGCAGAAGCACAACAAGGAAGAGGCCGAGGCCGAAGACAGCAAGAAGGAGAAGUAGAUCCAGUGAUCUAGUGAUCUAGUUAUAGCAUAGAUUACGCAAUUUCUUUUUGAAAAACAAUGCAGGCUAUUAUGUAUUAAUGAAAUAUAUAGUAAUAUAAUACAAUGAUUAAA